AUGUCUGCACUCGCGGCUUCAGCAAAAGGGGCCUCGAUUCUGAUCCUACUUCAGGUUGCGACGCGAGCUUUGACUUUCGUGGUGAACCAAGUACUACUCCGAUAUGUGUCUCCAGAACUACUGGGCCUGGAAGCCCAACUCGCCCUUUACACCAUCACGACCCUCUACUUCUCAAGGGAAAGCAUCAGAGUAGCUGUUCAGAGACGCCCAUACCAUACGCCUGUCGUGGUCAACAUGUCUUAUAUCUCAAUAAUUCUUGGACUGCCCCUGACUUUCAUCUUGGCAAGAUUAUACCUCCAAGCCGAUGUACCCGAUACUCCAUAUUUCAAACAGUCUCUGGUAAUCUAUGCGAUAAGCUGCAUCGCCCAACUUUUAACUGAGCCGGCUUUUGUUGUCGCUCAACAGAAACUCCGAUUCGGUAUUAGAGCAUCUUCCGAAGGUCUUGCAACUGUACUGCGAUGCCUUGUUACCUGUGGAGCCGCCAUGUGGGCCUCUUCUUCCGGCAAUGACAUCGGAAUACUGCCUUUCGCCCUUGGAGAACUUGCAUAUGGAAGUAUCCGUCUCCUUGCGUAUACGGUUCAGGUGUGGCCGAUCAGUGCCCAGGACAACGUUUCUUUGCUCCCACGUCGACUGCAGGCAUCCAACGAUGAGAAGUACAUUUGGGGUUAUUUUUCAAAGUCUUUGAGCAAAUUGACUCUCAGUCUAUGGAUUCAAGACACUUUCAAGUAUGUGCUCACACAAGGUGACUCUAUUCUCAUCGCGACACUUGCUUCGCUCCAAGACCAAGGUGCAUAUGCAUUGGCAUCAAACUAUGGUGGCCUUAUCGCUCGGAUGCUUUUCCAACCAAUCGAAGAGAGCAGCCGAAAUCUGAUCGCAAAUGUGUGCUCACCGGACCCCGCAACUAAGAAGCCAACGAAUACCGGUCUUGGAGAAGCAAAACGACUGCUUCGGACUAUAUUGAAGUUGUACCUGUUGAUUGGACUGGUUGCAGUGGCUAUUGGUCCCUCUAUUGCUCCACUACUGCUUCGACUCGUUGCUGGCGCCCGAUGGAUAGACACUGGAGCUGGUAAAGUGUUGUCUGUUUACUGCUAUUACAUUCCCUUCCUUGCGAUAAACGGUCUCACUGAAGCUUUUGUUGCAGCGGUGGCGUCCAAUUCGCAACUAGGCUCGCAGUCCUUCUCGAUGGGAUUCUUCUUUGUUGCUUUUGCUAGCACAGCAUGGCUUUCCUUGCAAAAAUUCGAACUCGGAGCUUCUGGACUCGUAUACGCGAACUGCGUCAACAUGGGCCUGCGUAUUCUGUUCAAUACUCAUUUUAUAUCAAAAUAUUUCUUGCAACAUGGACAACCCUUUAGCUUCUCUGAUACCUUACCUAGCAUGAUAUCUACGACCACUGGCGUCCUAUUCGCUGCAAUUUUUUCCGCAAUACAUCCUAGAUUGAUCACUAUGAACUUGUUGCGAAGUCUGCUCCUGACGGGUAGUCUGUCCAUUGCUUUUGGAAUCGUUCUUACUGCUAUGAAGUCCUCAGAAGAAGGAGCGCUGGAUCUAGUACAACAAGCAGUUCUGAUAAGGUAG